CCCAUGCUUUGCCAGCAAUUCUCGACCGAGAAACCACCUUGAUGUCGUGUUGGCCACUUGACACCGGGCAAACGUCCAAGAUUCUGAGAACAGACGUCUUCCGGAUCUGCUUCUCUUCAUGACGCACGUCGGAAUCUGUCGUCAGUUUGAUGAGUGAAGACCGCUUUUUCAUUGAAGGUCCACCAUUGCCUCCUUGUACAUCGGGUCUGUCCUCCCAGCCCCAGGGCACACCUACCCAAUCAAAACCAACUCAAUCCGCAAUGGAAUCCGGUGACUCGAUGCUUUGCUCCGAGUCUGACUGGAAGAAUAGAAUCCAUUCGCCCGGUAGAGCUAGGUCUGCCGUCGCCAGUAAUUGACACUAGUAGAUUGACGGCUUGCGGGUUGACGAGGAGCACGAAAGUCUGUACAGAAAUGAUCACUAGAAGCCCAUUAUACUUCAUAUCGAUGGUAAGUCACUGGUGAAAUCAAGAGCAAUAGAGCUAAGGAGCCAUGCACCAAUGGCGAUAGUCUUUUGGUCCGGUGACGAGACGGAGGGAGCAAAUAUGGCAGUCAUGGCCGUAAAUGAACAGGUGAGAUGAUGACUAUUGAGCUUUGCAAGACGAGAAUGUAUGUGCAUUCGGAGUUGGUAUGCGAGCAGGCUGGAACCCAGGUCAAGUGCAUAUAUGUCCCAUUCGUGCGUG